AUGCUCUCUUCUAGCACGCCGCGUCUAGUUGCACCAUCAGCGGAGGAUGCACCGCGCCGCAAUUGCCCGCUAGAAUCCCCGGCAGCACCUGUUGGUCGCUCAUACGACCCGCAGCCUCCACCAGCCGGCUUUGCAGCCGAUGGGUUGUCAACAAGAGCAUCGCAAUCAGUCAUUCCUUCUCGAUGUUGGGACUUUUUGGAGUUGCCCGAUACAGAGAUACCCCCUAUAUUCGACGGCACAAGGCCAUGGUCUGAGUUUCAACGUCUGCUGGACGAUAUGGCAGAGGAGUAUCACUGGUCGGAGAGAAAGAGAUGCCGAAAGCUGUACACCAGCCUGCGCGGGCGCGCCCAACGCUUUCACGGCACCCUCCCGGAGUCCACCCUCCGUUCCUAUGAGGCGAUCAAGACGGCUAUGCGUGAACAUUUCACAGUAGGGACUCAUACCGGUUACCACAUCUUCCAUAACCGUAUGCAGGGCCCAAAGGAGACACUCGAUGACUUCGCUUUGGAAUUAGAACGCCUUGGUCGAGCAGUUUUUGGCGAGCUGCCUGAGCUGACCUACAACAACAUCAUGGUGCAGCGCUUUAUUGAUGGGAUUCGAGAGACAGCUUACCAAGUGCCGAUUAUAAGCAGUAACCCACGAUCACUAAUGGAAGCCCUCGAUAUGGCCAUCCGCAUAGAAGCACAAUGUCGACGUCGCCCAGGCGGAACCGUGAUGAACGUCACGGCCAUGACUGCUGAAACCCAGCCGUCAGCGCCAAGAAGCGGUGGCCGAGGACCACGCCGGAAUGGGCGUGCUAGUCCAGAGUCACCCCCACCUCCUACUAACCAAGCGGGAAACUAAAUGCCGC